ACAACAUGGAGGAUCAGCUGUUUUCAUUUUUCUUCAUUAGAUAUUUGUUUUCGUAAAACGGCGUAUUGUUAUGGUUUCAUAGCCAUGUGUGAAUUAAAAUGGGCUCCAUCGCAUCGGUGCUGCAAUGGCAUUGUCAGACAUGUGGCCAAAUCAAUCCAACAGAGAGUGUAAAGUGUUUAAAAUGUUCUAUGAAAAGAGUAUCGGGUCAUGACAUCGACCCGUCUAAAGAGUCAUUCAAAGCCGAUUCUUCGCCAGAACACACAAUUCGUACGGGGAAAAGCGAAGGUACUAACUCCGGGUCCGAGCCGAUAGUCAUUCCCACGGAAAACAAAUUCAAUAGCGGAUGGUCGUGCGUGGGCUCGGCGCCGGAGCGAAGCCGCGCGUGGCGCUGCGGCUGCGGGCUGCGGAACGUGUCGGCCGCCUGGCGCUGCGCCGCCUGUGACGGCCUCGCGCCGCACGCGCCCGUCUACAGACUUUCUGAUGAUGAGGAUCAAGCUUCAGGGAUGACGGACAAAGAUAAGUCUGCCCAAGACAACACUAUGAUAAGGUCUAACACCCUGGCUGUCCCAUCAUAUAAGCCCACAUCGAGUUUCGCCGACGGUCGUCGUUUGAAUCUUGACUUACAAUCCUUGAGGUUGUCUCCAACGCAGCUGACUGACCACGCACACGGUGUGACCAGAUCUCUUUCUCACGGAUCUGUCAUCAACUCCCAACAGAAGUGGUGGAAAGUCGACGAGACUAGAGGCACCAUCAACAGACCCACAAGUCUUAUGGUCUCAGAGAGAUUCGGCUACAAUACCCAUUACAACCCGCGUGAGUCCUUCCUAAGGAGUCUUCACACAGUUACAAGAAGACCCAAAAAGUGCAGUGAGAGCAAGUCAAAUUGGGAACUGAAUUACGUGAAAGAAUAUCAAAGAGAGCAAAGCAAAGCGUUGCAUUUGAAGAAGUGGGCGUGCAGUAAAUGCACUUUAGAGAAUUCUGGUAUCAGAACUCAUUGUGAGGCGUGUUUAUCGCCUAGAGCAUCACCGCUAUCAAGAAUACCGAAUUCUAGAGGAUUGAGUGUUACCACCUUAGGGAGACAUGAAACACUGAGCGGUAGAGAUGGAGCGACGUCUCUCCCCACAUCGGGUGGUGUAAUGAUCACUGUGCCCGAUUGGCCUCAGUCUGGAAGCACCACUUUAGGCAGUUCCUUUCGAAGGUCGAUCAGUGCGCAGAACUCUCCAGAAAUCCGGCCUACUUACAGAAGAUCUUUUUCGGAGCAAACUAACGCCGAUAGGCCAGUUGGUAAAGUGAUAUCUAGUAGACGGAGUUUGAACGAGUAUCAGAGGUCGCUUGCAAAUUAUUGUGGCAGUUUGACAAAGCCUGAUGAUGGCAGGAGGGAUUUGAUUGACAAGAAGAUUGAUGAGAACAAUGUGGAGUUGAACGAUAGGGAGUGUAGUUGGGACACGAACGCUGAAGGUGUGAUAUAUGCUUUACCAAACAAAGGUAAAUACAAAGACUUGAACUUGCAGCUUCAAGUGAACAACAACGGCACUAGGUACUCCUAUGUUUCAGUGCAAGAUACAAAGAACGUGAUGAGUAAUUCACAUAACGAAGUGCUGUACUCCAACGAUAUAAGUGAUGGUGAUUAUGCUAGGAUCGAUGAGUUGUUAGGUGCUGAGAACUGCAUAUCGCCAGUGAGUGAGACGGUUGUGAGUAAUAUACGGACUUCGCACAUAGGGUCCUCGGUACCAAAGGACCCCAGUACGAAAGUGUUCAACAUGCUGCCAUCGGUCGGCAAAGUGGCGCAUAACCCCCGGGAGCCGUCUAAAGUGCCUUCAUCACAGCAACCCUCUCGCGAGAACCGCAUGUGGCAGUGCAACGAGUGCUGGUUCGCGUACAACGCGUGGUGGGCGCGGUCGUGCGACGUGUGCCGCAGCGGGCGGCCGCCGCACGCGCCCGUCACGCUCGCGCACCGCGCCGACCGGCCCGAGCGGCCCGACCGCGCCGACAGGCACGACCGGCACGACCGGCACGACCGGCACGACCGACCGCUUCCCAACAGUUCCAGAUCAACAACAACGUCGGAGGCGAGCAGUAGCAGCAAGUCGUCGGAGUCGAACCGUGUCGAGCCGAAGAGGCUCACUGUGCCGAUCGCCUCCCUCGACCACGAUCUGAACAGCGACGAACUAUUAUUUGCCGUUGCGGAUUCAUCAGCGCCAGCUUCCGCGGCCGGGCCGGCCGUGUCGGCGGCGUCGGCGGCGCCGGGCAGCAGUACGUGGUCGUGCGGCCGCUGCACGCUGGUGAACGAGCCGGCCGCCGCCACCUGCGCGGCCUGUGCCGGCUCUCGCCCACCAUCGCACAACUACUGGUCCUGCAGUUCGUGUACCCUACAGAACCCGCUGUCUGCAUCCUUGUGUCUCGCAUGCAAGACCCCGCCCGUACCCAAGCAUGGGGUCCCUGGCUCUUCUUCGGAUUCCAAUUGUGGUGCCGUGGGUCGCAGCCCGUCUCCUAGGCGAUCGCGGCAUACGCCCGCACUGCCACGUCGUGGCUCUCGACACAAAACACCGCCGCCCGAACACAGGUCGGAGGGCGGCGAGUGGUCGUGCAGCGAGUGCACGUUCUCGAACUGCGCGGGCGCAGCCGCCUGCGACAUGUGCCAGGCGCCGCGGCCGCACCACCCGCACCCGCACCCGCACCACCCGCACCACCCGCACCACCAGCACCACCAGCAGCGGGAGCCGCCCGACUUCGCACUCACCGCGCCCGAUGAUGAUGACCUGGACGAUUCAGACGGAGAGAGGCAGGAGAGCACUCCAAUGGAGAUAUUGCGACUGAGAGAAGAAAGCCACGCGUGGACGCAGUGGCAGGAAGUACUGGCGCAGUGUGCUGCGACUGGCGAGUCGUACGUGGACGAGUCGUUCCCCGCGAGCGCCCGGUCGCUGUACUACGGCGGCGCGGUCGGCGCGGUCGGCGCGGGCGGCGGCGCGCCGGCCGAGCGCGGCGACAGCGGCGCGGCGGCGCGCUGGCUGCGGCCGCACCAGAUACACGUGGACGCCGACCACCGCCUGCCCUGGGUCGUCUUCCGGGAUCCCAAGCCGUCGGAUAUAUCGCAAGGUGUUCUCGGCAACUGCUGGCUGCUGUCAGCACUGGCGGUGUUGGCGGAGCGAUCGUCUCUGGUACGUGGGGUGGUGGUACGCGGUGACCCCAGCGUGGGCGCGUACCAGCUGCGGCUGUGUAAGGACGGCCGCUGGCUGACCGUCACCGUCGACGACCUUCUGCCUGCCAAUAAAAAGGGGCAUCUUGUGUACUCGCAGGCAAAGAGAAAACAGUUAUGGGUGCCAUUAAUAGAGAAGGCAGUGGCCAAAUUACAUGGGUGCUAUGAAGCUCUCGUCUCUGGGAGAGCUAUAGAAGGAUUAUGUACGCUGACUGGCGCGCCGUGCGAGUCGGUGUCGCUGCAGGCGGGCGGCGGCGCGGGCGGCGGCGCCGGCGGCGGCGCGCCGCUCGAGCAGCUCGACCGCGACCUGGUGUGGGCGCAGCUGCUGUCCUCGCGGCAGGCCUGCUUCCUCAUGGGCGCCAGCUGCGGCGGCGGCAACAUGAAGGUGGACGAGGAGGAGUACCAGCGGCUGGGGCUGCGGCCGCGGCACGCGUACUCGGUGCUGGACGUGGUGGAGCGCAUGGAGGCGGCGGCGCCGGCGCGGCUGCUGCGCCUGCGCAACCCCUGGGGACACUACACGUGGCGCCACGCGCCGCCCGCCGCGCCCGCCGCGCCCGCCGGACACGACGCCGACCACGGCGUCUUCUGGAUCUCCUUCGACGACGUGCUCAAAUAUUUCGACUGCAUAGACAUCUGCAAAGUGCGAGUCGGCUGGCAUGAGGUACGAUUGGCCGGGAUACUGCCCCCCAUGUCCUCGACGAGGCACUUGACCUGUCUGCUGCUGACUGCCACCCAGCCAACCGAGGUUGACUUCACGCUGUUCCAAGAGGGCCAGAGGAAUUCCGCCAAAAGCCAACGGUCCCAGUUGGACUUAUGUGUGGUGGUGUUCCGGACUCGGUCGGGACCCACCGCUCAAGUUGGGAAACUGGUCGUGCACAGCAAGAGACAGGUACGCGGUUUCGUCGGCUGUCACAAAAUGCUAGAGAAAGGCUUCUACCUAGUCGUAUGCUUGGCAUUCAACCACUGGCACACCGGUCUCGAGUUAGCAGACAGUUCCGCCUGGCCUCGCCACGUUCUAGCUGCCCACUCCUCGAAGCCGUUAACUGUGGAGAGACCCUCGCUUCAUCCUCAUAUCUUGGCGGAUGCGAUCAUAGGCCUGACGCUAGCCAGAGGGCAGAGGCACGAGGGCAGACAGGGCAUGACUGCUUAUUAUUUAACGAAGGGUUGGGCGGGGCUUGUGGUGAUGGUCGAGAACAGACACACAGACAAGUGGAUACACGUCAAGUGUGAUUGCCAGGAGAGCUACAACGUGGUCUCGACAAGAGGCGAACUGAAAACUAUCGAUUCUGUCCCACCGCUACACAGGCAAGUAAUUAUAGUCCUAACGCAACUGGAAGGCAGUGGCGGCUUCUCAAUAGCUCACCGGCUGACCCACCGCCUGGCCGCCGGCGCCAGGCUCCAGGACUGGGCACCAGCGUCAGACGACGAGCCUCGCCACCGGCCGCCGCUAGCGCGAAGACUUUACGGCCUCCACGCCCCUAGACUUAUCACAUAGGCAAUAAGGUUGGAAAUUAAAUGUAUCUUAUAGAUAAAUGUACAGCGAAAGGUAUGUUUUGUUAUAAGCAGUCUUUUUUCUACAAACAGUAAUGGUAUACAAAGUCGGUAAUGUGGCGGUAGUAUUUGUGAAACCGUGUUAAUUCAUUUGACCAUGGUAAUAUACUAUUAAAUUAAACAUAGCACUGCGUAUUUUGAACCUCAUGUAGUUUUUUUUCAAUCUCUACGUACCGUUGGUCGCAGAUGGUCUUUACUGCUUCACCGAGCACGUGGGCGAGUGCAGAUGGUACUCCAAGCUCGCGAGAGAGGAGCAACAAGUUGUUGACUCGUACCGAUGGACUGAUUGCUUUAUUUAGUAGAAGGGGGGGGGAUAUAGUCUAAUGAAGAGUUAAAUUAUAUCACGAUGCAAUACAAAAUUAAAAGCUAAAGUUCUUGCAAAUUGAUGUACUGCUUCGAUAGACCUUGCCCGCAUCCAAGUUAUUUUAUUUAAUACUAGCGACCGGCUUCGCACCGGCGCAAUGCCGCACCGCUAUGUCCCCGCAUUUUAAAUCUGUAAUACUUUCGGAAAUAUUCAUUUAAAUUACAUGCUGUAUAGGGCCAUAUUGAUCUAUAUUUAAUGGACAAUGUAUUUAAGGUACUUAAUUAGAUAAAAAUUAAUGCUGUAUUGCUUAAAAUCACUUCGUAAAUAAGCCAUUUUUCCCGUUAAAUUACAUUUGUAAAGGAUAAAAAAUGGUUAUUGUGGGUUAUCCUUAAGAGAUAGACAUACACCAUCGCGGACUUUUUGUUGACCUUUUUAAGGUGUACAAAACUGUAGUACAUUAUCUUGAUUUAUCUCGUGGGGUUCAGUCAGCGUUUGCAAUGUAAGCGCAAAAAAUGUAUUUAUUUACGACAUCACAUUAGAAACCUCUAAAUUUAUCAGUGUUUCUCUACAAUAUUACGCAUGUAUUAUAAAUAUAAACCUUUCUCUUGAAUCACUAUGUCUAUGCGUGGUUUUAAAGAUUUAAACAUACAUAGAGACGGACAGACAGCGACAGCGACUUUGUUUUAUACUAUGUAGUGAUAAUAAACAAUAGCUUAGAACUUACUCGCUAGUGGUACUAGGCAACUAGUGCUACUAGGUGGUUUUAAAAGUUCUUCUUUUUACAGUCAGGUUAUAGAAUGGAUUUCCUACCGAGACUUUUACCAAUAGAUUUCCACAUAGGAUUUUUCAAAAAGGUAUAAAGAUGUUUUUUUUUUACAUGCGGCAACGUGUACACAAUGCUUCUGGUAUUGCAAGGCUACCGUAACAGCUUACCAUCAAAUGAACCAUAUGUAUGUUUAUCAUAUAUAUAUAAGAAACUUAUAUUAUAUUUUGUUAGUUAAAAUUUUAAUUAUAAAAAUUUUAUUAUGUUUUUUAACGUUUUUUAAUUCGUAUUCCUGGAAUAAAAUUGGGAAAAUAUUAAAAAAAUAUUUACAUACUAUCUGAAAUGUAUGGUUUCGCCAUUUUGAAUUAGGAUGUUACAAAUACCAUUUAAAUACAUACAACCAUAAUAAUUAUACCAACAUCUUUACAGUCUUAAUUAUAAUACUUGUAUUAUUACAAUUCAUAUGCUUUGAAUAAGUUUCUCUAGGUUCACAAAUAUUACCGCUAGAUGUCGUGCUGUUAUGCUGUUUCGUUGUAAACUGAUUUAUAAUCGAGAUCCCCCAAGAUUAUUGUGACACUUGUAAUGUUUUUUUUUUUUCUGUAUAUAUAGAUUAUUAGGUUUGCAGAUUAUGAAUUGAAAGGGUAAAACGAAGUGAAGUUACAAUGAAAAUAUUUUAAUUAAUUGUCACAUUCUUUAAUAAACUGAAUGGUAUGUCGACAAACGAUGUUUUCUAUUGUCUAUCAGGUGGGCUACUAUAUAUAUAUAGCUAUACAUGCUUUUCUAUUGUCAGUAGGGAGUAUGCAAAGAACCUUGUAUGCUGACAGUGUGAAUCUUUAUUAGUUUAUUUUCAAUAAAUUACAGAAGCGACAAGAGCGCGCUAGAUCUAAAAUUCCAUAUUUUUAAAAGUGUUCCCUGACUGCUAAAGAAAUGAUAUUAUAUUUAAUUUGAAGUUAAGAGAUGUUUUGCGUAUGAUUAUUAAAAAAAAAAAAUUUGAAACACUUUUGAUACAAAUGACAAAUCGGAUUUCGUUUUACUAGCGUUUGUUACAGAAAAAUUACAGCAGCGAAUUAGACAUUUUUUUUUUAUAUUAUAUAAAAUAAAUGAUAAAUUAUUCCCAAGUAAAAAAAAAAAAUGUCGUCUAAACACACACACCCGCGGGGAAAAAUUUCAACCAACUAACUCGAAAUUGAUUGAAAAUUCUUUUGUAAUCUUUUUGAAUAUUCCAUAUGUAAAUGGUUUUUAUUAGUAUUUUUUAUGGAUAAAUAAAUCCCAGUAAUGUUUGCUACGAAAUGUUAUUAGUACUUGAAAGUAACCGUACACUGUGUCCAUGUAAUAUCAUAAUUUUUUUUUUACUGUACACAUUACGUCAUAGUCGUAGAAUACCGACGGAUCUUUAUAUGUAAUCUUUGUCAGAUCCGUCAGUAUUCUAAGACUAUGACGAUUUAUUGACACUGAACUUUCAUUAUUGUGAUACACUGUGCAAUGUUGCACAUGCACACGGCUUCGUUUUGUAGUAUUUAAUGUAUGGUAUAACACAUAUGUAGUUUGCUCUGUCGACGAUUGUUACUUAAGCACUAAAAGGCGAUAUAGCAUUACAUUUGAAUAAUGUUGAAACAGCGAGGAAAGGUUAUGCAAUACCCGCCAAAGGUUUGCACUUGACACAUUAAUUUAUUGUAUAUUUAAUUUUUGGUAAUUUUCUUAUAAACAGAUAUUUAUUGAACGUUUUAGAAGCAAUAUUAUGAUAUUUUAUUUUCUUUAUAUUUUUCUUUCUUUUUUUUUAUUUAUUUAACCUGUCCCUUCUUCCCUCAUAUAUUAGAUUUUAGAAUACAUUCAAAUAUCUAUCUUAAGGCUCUUUAUAGUUAUUAUGUUAAACAUAAUUUUGACCUCAGAUAUUGUAUUUGUACAAAUUUUUUUUUUUUAAUAUUUUUUAAUUAUUUAUUGACGCAGACAAUUUUUUUCUUUCCAACAUAAUAUAUUUUAUGGUAUUUUAAGACUAAUUCUAUUCUCUGAUGUAAAAAAAAAAAUUAAUUAAAACGUUGUAUUAUUAUUAAAUUAAAAUAUCCUGUAAACCUAACAAUAGUCAAAGCUAUUACACUGUUUUGUCACCUUUAUUCAAACUGAGAAUUUAAUACAAAAGAAAGAGACAAAACAGUUCAAUUGCUAAAAUAGGUCCAUGAGACGUUUGACGUUUUACAAAUAAGACGGUUAAUUUAUUCGCUAACACUUUUUUUUUAACAAAUAAACAUUCUAUGUGUCGCGGAUUGGUAUGUGUUGCACAAUUUGCUUUGGUCUCAAAUUUACAUUAAUAAAUCUACAUUUUAUAUACAGAUAAGACAUAAUAACGUUAAUGCAAAUAGUCGUUAAAUAUUUUUUCUACAAUGUAAACUAUUUAUCUAUAUUUGAAUACACAACACACUGUGGACCGAGAAAAGUGGACGCAUCAGAAAAUAUUUUUCCACGCCUCUUCGGUCCUUUUCGCCGUUGAAACGGGUGAGUUGCGACGGAGAACACGUUAAAAACACGUUAUUGUAACACUAUUUAUCAUUGUAGCAGGUAAUUAUCAUUCUUGUAUAAAUCAUGUAACACGUUGAUUCUUAAACGUUAACGAUGUAACGAUAAUUAUAGUAGAUAUUGGCGUUUGUAACGAAGCGUAUAUUAUAAAUGCAUUAUGUGUUAUUAUUAAUAUUAUAAUGAAACGCAGUGAUAUAAAGUUAGCGCGAGACGUUAGACGAGAAUCCAUGACAAUGUUUAUUAUUAAUUUAUCCACAUAGAAUUAAUAUUAUUAUUAAUUUUUUUUUUUUUUUUAUAAUUAAAUGUGUUGUUGUGUGCUAUGAACAGACGUUGAAACGUGCGUUUUCGAAUUAUAUAUUGUGAUUAAUGAU